AUGUGCAAAAGCCCCAGAUGACUGAUGCAUCCAGAAAAGAUUGUAAUUUGAAUGUGGUAUGAAUGAAUUAUAAGGUUUCCACUUGAACGUUAUUUAUGCAAGACUAUGUAACUGUUCAUAAUAGGUGGGUAAGUGUCACGGAAUGUGCAAGAUAUGGAAAAUCCCAAAUGUGUGUUUUCUGGUUGCUGUUCUGUAGCAGCCUGUGAUAAAUCUAGAGCUAUUGUGGUUGAGAUGUGUGUGUGUGUGUGUGUGUAUUAGGAGGGGGGUCUCAUUGUAUGUGUGUGUGUGUUCUGCUGUCAGUCAGACUGAGAGUUCUUGGUGAGCUGGGUGCGCACACACACUCACGCGCGCGCUCAUGGAGCGACGGGGGGAGAAGGGAAGGGGUGGAGAUAUUUAACUUGGGAAAGAGGGGAGUUCUCCUCCAGACGCGCUCAUUCUCCUCUGUCCCAGAUCAGGACCAGGCGAGUUUUUCGGACGUCUCUGCGGAGGAGUAUUUCUGACACAGCGGGGAUAUGAACGCAACGCGGCUGGAGAACAUGCCGAAGACUUUCGCAGGAACGAUUGGCGCAAACGUGUAGAGGAGCCUGAUUUUAUUCCGUACUGAUCCCGAACAUGUUCUAGACGCGUUUGAGGCUCCGAUCGUGGAGUUCUGCUGAGUCUGUGGAGAGAUAGAGCGGCUCUCGUCCCGGUUCAACAGCGCCGGUUCGGCGGGACGCACUGGAGCCUGUGCACUCAGAGAGAGAGAGAGAGAGGAGUGCGUAAAAAUAACAUUGGCUAAGACGCGCUCCAUUCCGCGGGUGCGCUGACAUUUCAAGCGCCAGUUUGGGUAUUUGACAGAAUCCGAGCAGUCUUUGGAAACGGUGCCAUCCCAUCCUACCCCGUUGCCAUGGUGACCCGUCGAAAAGUCCGAUGAGGAUACGGUUUUGCAGCGCACUUGGCACGCCUCACCUGAGCGAGUAUUCCUGAAAACAGACAGCCUAUGUCCCAUGUCAUCCCGGGCCACGCGGCCGUCUAUUAAAAGAUCUCGCUAUUUAUGCGCGGGUGUGUGAGGGCGCAGUGAGGGCCAACUCCACUCCGCAGACAGACAGAAGACGAGUCAUGGGCAGCAUCACCCGCGCUUUGCCGCUGCUGCUGCUGCUCCUGUGCGCGCAAGGCGCCGCGGCCCAGCACUACCUGCGACUGAGGCCCUCGCCCAGCGAGCAUCUGCCGGUCCCCGACCUUAAAGAGGACCCCGAUCCGGAGCACGAUCCGCGCGAGCAGGACCUCUCGGAGAAGACGCUGCGCAAGAAGAUAGGCAGCAACUUCGACUCCAGCUUCAUGUCCAUCCACCUGCCCACGCAGCUGAACGCCAGCGCGCCACCGGAGCUGCCGCGCUUGCCCAUGCCCGCAGACCUCAAGAAGCUGAACCUGACGGAGACCCCGUACGGCAGGCGCGUCAAGUUGGGCAAAAAGGCUCGGCGGAAGUUCCUGCAGUGGCUGUGGAUGUACACGCACUGUCCGGUGCUGUACACCUGGAAGGACCUGGGCGUGCGUUUCUGGCCGCGCUACAUCAAGGAGGGCAACUGCUUCAGCGAGCGCUCCUGCUCCUUCCCCGAGGGCAUGUCAUGCAAGCCGGUCAAAUCGGUGACCAAGACCCUCCUGCGGUGGUACUGCCAGGGCUUCCUGCGGCAGAAGUACUGCACGUGGAUAUCGGUGCAGUACCCCAUCAUCUCCGAGUGCAAAUGCUCCUGCUGAGCAGAGAGAGAGAGGUGGCUAACGAUUGGGAAUGAUUGCACUGUUUACCCACGGACAGAGACGUGUGGCGCCACAUAGCGAAUCUAUUUUUUUAUACAUACACACACACACACACACACACAUAUACAUACACACACAUACAUACAUACAUAAAUACACACACACACACACACACAUAUACAUACACACACAUAC